GGCCUUUUGCCUGGGUUCCCUGGAUGAUUUUUGCAGCCUUCUGCCUUUAGAGAGUCUCAAACCUUCUUUUUGUAACCUUUGUCUCAGAUGAAGUGCAUGUAGUAUUAUGUAUGAUGCUGAGCAGACCCCCCCCUCCUUUUAUUUUAUCUCCUGCUUCCUGUUGUGGUUUGUUUUAUGCUGCUGAUCCCUUCCCAGAGUCACCAGCACCAGUGAAUGAUCAGUCUGAUGCUCCUUCCCACUGAGGAAGUUUCUCUACUGGUGCAAUACAGAAGGAAUCUGGAAAAGCAUUCACAACUAGAUUGUAGUCUGGUAACCACUAAAAUGCCACAUGGAUUACAGCUCCAUUCCCAUCCCUGCCUGCCUGCCUGUGCUCAGCAAGGGUUAUUACACAUCAUGAAUCGACAUGUUGGGUCCCAGAAAAAGAGGUUAGAUCAAAAGCAGCUCUAUGGGCAGUGGAGCAGGAGCUGCUUAUGUGGGAUUGGCAGGACUAAGAAGAAAAGGCGUCAUCUGAAAAAAGUCAGAUACAAGACCUGAACCUAGAAGGCAGAGGUAAGUCCCUGACUACAAUUCUCUCUGAAUAUAAAUGAUGUAUAAUCUGAUAUAAUGAUGCCACUAUAGAGGCGCCCUGCAGGCUACCCAGCGGUGGAGCUGCAAUAGAGCACUGCCAGACAAAGCAUCUAUAGUCUACAUGUCGGUGUAUCAGCAAACGGCUGCUAGCAGGAAUUUUAGGGGACUGUAAGGAAUCUUCUCCUACAUCCCCAUUGCCAUUGAAUUUUGUAAUCUUUGCGACAAUUUCAAAAUGACAUUCAAGCAAUGUUCUUAUUUUACAACCUCCAGAAUCAAAUAGCAAUACAAGUAGCAAUAAUACUAAUGACAAUAAAACAAAAUAUCCCCGGUUAUUGUAUUUUUCAGUUAAGAAUAUUCGCAAAUAAAGGUCCAGAGAAAGCCAAUAAAUUUCCAACGAUAUCAUAGAAUAUUCUGUCGGUGGUAAUGGUGAUAUCCUUUGCUCUAUUUGGGGGGGUCUCCUACAUAUGGAGAGCAUCCCAUUAGAUCCCUUAGGCCGAAGGUGUCAGACUCCAUUAUGAGGCCGGAAGUAUAAUCCAAGUUUUUUCCCAUACUUUAUCCAUUUGUAGUUAUAUUUUUUCAUGCAAUCCAAGAGAAAAGGGUCACAAUUUGUGUGUGUGUCCUAGUAAAGUGCUGGCAGAGUUCUAGCUACACUCAUGGCUCAGGGCAGCUUUUAUAAUUCUGCUCUACAGGCCUUUAAAAAGGAAAAAUGUGCGGAGUAGGGGAUUCUAUUCUGUCUUCCUCCUACGCUUGGCCUGUUUUACAUGUGUGAAACUUCUCGGGGAUCUUUUCCCCCCCUUAGUAAAACACUAGCAGUCAUAAAUUUCUCUCCAAACCCCAAUGACAGGUGCAUUGAUAUGCUCUGUGUGUGUGGACUGUUUAAUAAUCAAAAGACUCCUGCUACUUGUUUUGAAAUAAAUUUCACAUUUUUUAUACUAAAUAUUUCCCAUACAUUUGGGUAGUUUUAAUCAUUAGAUGUCAGUGGAGGAAAGGUUUAGAGUUUUAACUUGCAACCUAUGUUAAACCUAGCAAAGGGAAGAACCCCUCUUUAAAAAUGGAGUAGAUUAUUGUAAAAUUAUAUUCUCCCACCAAGGACAGGGGAGGGAAAGUUAUUUAUGUGUAUUGCUGUACUGCUCAGAUUACAUCUAUAUGUUGAGUUUAUAGCAAUAUAUAUAUAUAUAUAUAUAUAUAUAGCUAUACAAAUAUAUAUAUAUAUAUAUAUAUAUAUAUAUAUAUAUAUAUAUAUAUACACUAUAGGCUUCUGCUUUUUAAUCAGUAUUUUGCUUGUUGGGGUAAAGAAGAAGCACAAAACAUUUGCCCAUUGUCCAAAUGAUUUAUUGCACAUUGCUCCUUAUUUAGGUUCAAGCAGAGUUCAGUAACAGUUGGAUCUUUCAGAACAAGAAUAAUCCUCUAGCCAGUCUGUUACUAAAUAUGAUUCCAUGCAAGAAUCCGUGUAUUGUUUAUGUGGUGUAGACAAUAUUGCAGGAAGCUAUUCAGGGCUGAUAGCAACACAUUGCCAGUGCAAUCAAUUCAUAGCCCUCACCAAUGAAGUUUACUUUCAUUUAUUUCACAAUAUCUAGUGGAUCUAUGAUAGCACUCAAUGAUUUACACAUUUAUAAUACAUCCCAAUAUUAAGCCAUGGCCUUACAGAUCAAGCCAUAAGGGUUACAUUGACUCAUUGUUGUUCCAAGCAGACCAAGAAUCCACUGGGGAUAAUCACAAUAUUACACUUAGAUAUUAUUGUACAAAUAAUAUGAUAUAAUAACUAUGGCCUUAAUUUUUGAGGCAAAAAUUUGAAUUAAACCUGGCUGGCUCUAUUGAAAUAGUCACUAAAUAAAAGGCGAAUUAGACCCUAUAUCAUCUAGAAGUAGCUUAGUAAUAAUGUAAGUGGGAGCUUGCAUUAUGCUUUACAGUUUGAUGUGAUUAAACUAUACUGUUUGUAUAAUUGCUUUCCAUUUUCUUUCAAUCGUUAUGCUAAUAUGGACAAGAUAAUAAAUCUUCUGUAUAUUGGCAAUGGUGCUACUAUUAAAACAAUUACUGUCACAACAAGCAGGCUUGCUUGUACCUUGCAGUGAAAAUACACAACACUCGCAGUUUAGCUGAGAUCUCUUAUAAAAGACAUCAAAUAAUUAAAUUUCACAAAAGCUGACAUAGCAUUCCCCCUUUCCCCAAACGGAUCAAACAGAAAGAUGUUGAAUAGAAUCAGUUAUACUUUAACUGGGUCGUUACAAGGCCUGGCUUACAAUGGACAUAGAGGGGUUUUCUCUGCUGGUUUUUCAGGUUCUGAAUGUAGCUCAAUCCAUCAAGCUAUGUACAGCUCACCCAAGCUGGAUGGUGCAGGGGCCAAGUUAAUCUUUAUCCAAAUUUUCUAAAAGGCAAGUCAGGUCUGGGCACUGAGAAAUAUUUCAGUGCAUACUCUCAUCUGGGAAUUUAUAUGUGUUUGAUCACACUGGAGAGAGCAGAUGUUGAAAGAAACAGAGAGGAAUAUUAAUACCCCAAGCAAGUCCACUUUUGAUCCACUAAUGUGUGUACAUGCAAUGCUUCCAGUUUGGAUUGGGAGACUCCAAGCCACAAAUAAAACUGCUCAUUGGGACUCAAGCCAUUAGACCGAUGGAAGCUGUGUGCUAUAAUACACAUAUAAAAUUGGUGCUAUAUCAUACACAUGAACAGUACAUACUAUAACACAUAUUAUACUUGCAACAAAUGCACCUACAUAACAAAAGAUAUAAUACACAUAUAUAAUACAUAUUUAUAAUACACAUCAUAAUACACACACAUAUAAUGUAUUAAUACAUACAUUUCUGACAUUAGAUAGAUAUUUCUCAUUUCUCACACAUAUACGUACUAUAGCACAUACACACCUAUGUGAUACAUGCUAUAAUGCUAUAAUACACAUAAAAGAUGUAAUAACACAUAUAUCAUACAUGCAUUAAUACACAGAUAUCAUGUAUUAAUAUAUACAUUUACCAAACAUAUAAUACGUGCUAUAACACACACCUAUAUGGUACAUGAUAUAAUACACACAUAGAACACACACGUUUAUAAUACAUACCAUUAUCGUACAAUAUAUAAUAUAUGCAUUAAUACAGACAUAUAUUGUACAUGCAACAAUACAUAGAUUUAAUACAUGUCCCACAAAUAUAUUACAUGCUAUACACAUCUAUAUGACAUGUAAUACAUAUAAUACAUGCUAAAAUACACACACACAUCAUGCUAUAAUUCAUACACACAUGAAACAUGCCAUAAUGCAAACAAUAACACAGGGCCCUACAGAGACACCAAUCGGGCAUUACUGUAAAAUAAAUAAUUUAUCAGGAAAAGAUAAUAAUGUAGGUUCAAGCUAUAACAGAUUUUAUGUUUUUUUUACAUAUGCUGUAAUGACGGAAAUAUCAGAAGAGGUGUAGGUGGAGAGCAUCUAGAAGGUAGACUGGAAACAAAUGGAAACCCAUUCGACCACAAUGGGCAAUGUUGUAGAAUGAACGAAUAUGUGCUUUGAUUAGUUUUAUGGAAAUUCUGCUUUAUUUUCCCCCCGAAUCAUUUAGACUGAGAAGAUUGGACAGAAGAAGUCAAUGCUUAUUGAUAAGGGUGCAGAGUCCCUAUCACUGAGAGACAGCAGGAUGCAGAAGACAGCCUACUAUGAAAACUCUGGACUUUUUGGGGGUUACACCUAUGCCAAGCCUGAGUCAUACAGUUAUGGCUCCAGUCAUCAACCUUACUCCCAAUCUACUCUAGAGAAUGAUUAUCCAGGUUCAGCAUGUUCCAUUCAACCAUCUGCAAUCAGGCCCCCAAAUCAUAAAACUAGUGACAUUAGUGGCAGCUGCAUGAGGACAUCUUCUAAUCAGAAUGCCAGCCAAGCCACCAAUAUGAAUGACCAAGCUCACCAGGCUCCAUCUCUGCCUCCCUCCUCUCCUAACCAGGGUAAUACCUCAACACAAAAAAAGAGCAAGUCCUCUGGAUCAUCUAAUUCUUCCCAGUCUACUAUGACCAAGCAAAUAUUCCCUUGGAUGAAGGAAUCAAGACAAAACGCCAAGCAGAAGAAUGUCAGCACUCCUCCAGGAGACAACUGCGAGGAGAAGAGUCCGACCGGACCCGCGUCCAAGAGAGUGCGCACAGCCUAUACCAGCGCGCAGCUGGUGGAGCUGGAGAAGGAGUUCCACUUUAACCGGUACCUCUGUCGCCCACGCAGGGUGGAGAUGGCCAACCUGCUGAACCUGACAGAACGUCAGAUCAAGAUCUGGUUCCAGAACCGCAGGAUGAAAUACAAAAAGGACCAGAAAGCUAAAGGGAUCAUGCACUCUCCAGCAGGGCAAUCUCCAGACCGCAGCCCCCCACUCAGUGGCUCCAGCCAUAUUGGAUACUCCAGCCAACUGCCCACUGUUAACAGCCUCAGCUAUGAUGCUCCAUCUCCAACAUCCUUUGCCAAAUCCCAGCAAAACAUGUAUGGCCUGGCAGCUUACACAGCUCCCCUGAGCAGCUGCCUGCCCCAGCAGAAAAGGUACCCUGGUCCAGAGUAUGAGCACCACCCCAUGCAGAGCAACGGUGGCUUUGCCAAUCCCAAUUUGCAAGGCAGCCCUGUUUAUGUUGGAGGGAACUUUGUGGAUUCCAUGCCAGCUUCUGGUCCUAUGUUUAAUGUGGGUCACCUCUCUCACCCAUCAUCUGCCAGUGUGGACUACAGCUGUGCUGCACAGAUUCCAGGCAACCAUCACCAUGGACCUUGUGACCCACAUCCUACAUACACAGACCUAACUUCUCACCAUACGACUCAGGGAAGGAUGCCAGAAGCGCCCAAGCUAACACAUUUGUAACUACCACAAGUGGGAUGAAGAAAGAAAGAGAGAGAGAAGAUAAUCCUCCUUUUAAUUACCUCAAUUUUUUUCUGCAAGAACAUUGUUAGGAUCCUUAUUGUGAGUGCCAACGGCUAUAAGGAAGGUCUCAUCAUGAAGAAGCUCCAUGUCCAUGAGAAGGAACCUUAUAAGUAUUCUAAGCAUGACAGUGCAAUAAACUGCAAAGCAAGGCACAAUAUAGACUAUUAAUGAUGUACUUGAAGGUAAGUCUAGAUUAGCAUUAGCCAGUGUCAUGCAUUUAUUUUUUAUUUUUUCAUUUUUAUUUUUUUGUACCAAAUGGUAAUGACUUGCAUAUGAGAUUUUUAUUUAUGAAUUGUUGAAAUUUGCAUUCAGCUAUGUGACACCUAUUUAUUAUUAUUGUUAUUAUUUUAACUUUUCAACUUUGCUCUUUUUUUUUUUUUGUACCAUGAAUUAUUUAUCCUUGUCUUAAUGUAUUUAUGUGAAUGUGUGGAUUUUUUGUUUUUCUCCUCUAAAAACUUGGAAGAAUCAUUUAAAGUCCAUGAUUAUUUCCUCUCUUUAGGGGAGAUUAGUCCCCAUGAUCAGUGACUGUGGCUGGUGGUGUGUCUAGUUUAUGUAAAGGGUUAAUAAAUGCAGCAAAUACAAUGUAGUGAAUCACAAUGGGCAUCUGACAUUUGAAACAUUUUUUAAAUUUUUAAAAAAAUUAUUUGCCUUGCUCCAUUCCAGCAGUAUUUAGAAUAAACUAUAACUGAAUUGUUGUGUACUUGUUCCAAUAGACAAGGCAACUAGAAGGUGGCAGAAUUAUGCCCGACACAAGCUGCAGUAUAGGACCAUGCUUCUUUUUACAUUUUUUAAAAUCUUUUUUUUUACUUCCAAUGCAACCAAUACCAUCCCGAAUCUUUUCUGUCCUGUGAUUCCCCCCCCCCCCAGUGUUUGCAAUAAUCUGUUAUUUGCUUGGUUCAUAGUUUUUUUGUGGCUUUCAUUGUAUUCUUUGUAUAUUAGAUGUACAUUUGAAAUUCAAGGCGUUAACAAUUUUAGAGAAAAAAAAACAAUAAUUAAAAAAAAAAAUGAAAAAAAUGACAAUCACCAUAAAAAAAGAAAAGAAAAAUAAAAUAUGAGGAGAGCCCAAUGUUUUUCUGGCGUUUAAGGGCUUUCACGCAGUGGCAAUUGGUUUACAGGGUAUGGCCCAUCAUAGGGUUAAUAAAUAAUAUUAUUAAUGAUAGAACGGAUUUAUUUUAUUUAUGGACAUUGGCUGAUGUGGAGAUGAAUGAGGAGACCGCAGUUUAUUAUUAGGAUUCAUCAUUUUGUACUCAGAGUGAUCCUCUUCCUACGCAUUCCUGUUUGCUUGGAGAACUCGACUCCUACUCCUGAGCUGUGACAAGAGAUCACAUUCCCUCCUCCUAGGAAAGAUCUGACCCUUAAUGUUCUGCAGAGAAAGAAAACACAGACUGAGAGCCCUCAGAAAUCAGAGGGAAGGAGCAAGGAGCCCGAACCGCAGGAAGAGCACAGCAAUGAUGAUGAUGAUGACACUGUACAGUAUUGUCCCAAUAAAACCCAUUUACAAUUCUC